AUGAACGCAGUGUCCACGGUGACUUUAGUGGCCUCUUUAGGCGGGUUCCUCUUUGGCGCCGAUAUCGUGUUAGUCGCGCUGGCUUUACCGUACAUGUCGCGGGGCGGUUCAGAUCCGGUGGAAGGAAUAAACACGUCUUUAAAUCAGUCGCUCGUCGUCGGCGUCGCUAAGUUGAUGGCGGUAGUCGGGGUGUUUUUUGGUCUGACUGUUGCGAAUAGUUACGGAAGAAUAACGGCGUUGUGGAGCGCGGCGAUUGGGUACAUGUUAGGACCGGCGACGUUGAGCGUCGCGGAAAAUAUGGGUGAGAUUAUGGUUGGACGAGUUUUGAUCGGCGUGUCCAUCGGGAUGAGCGCGGUGGUCGUGCCUAUGUACGUGGCGGAAAUGUCCUCGAACGUAGAUCGAGGGAAAAAUGUGGCGACGUACGAGUUGUUAUUGGCGUGCGGGACGUGUUUUGCUGCCGCGAGCGACGCGUUAUUGAGGCCAGAGUGGAGGAAAAUGAUGCUCGUGGUGAUUCCUUUCGCCGUUUUGCUGUUUCUUUUAUCGAUGUUUUUACUCGUCGAAAGUCCGAGGUAUUUGUUGGAACAGGAUAGAAAAGAGGAUGCCAAAGAGGUUUUGAAACGAUUAUUAUUGAAUAAAAAAGUAAAGGAUGACGACGACGAGCAAUUUAAUUCUUCUUUGAUGAGGUCGUAUAAUGUUGGAGAAAGAGGAGGGUUUAGUAGUAGUAGGAAUAGUCAUAGUAGUAGCAACAAGGGGGUCUCGGUCUCGUCGUACGAAAGCUACGCGAUGGACCAAUCUAUUAGCGUUCAAGAGAGGAAGGACGCAGAGCUCGAAAGGCUCGCGGAAAUAGAAUUGAAUCAAAUCGUGCGCACGUUAGAUCAACAAAAUUUGGGAGGAGGAGGAGGUAGAGGUCAAAGCGAAGAAGGGAACAACAACAACAUGUUCGAACACGCGAAACGAAUCGUCGCGAAAAUCAAAUCGUUGCGCUCAAACGCAAACGCCUUCGAAGCGACGAAGAUUUUAAUCGCGUUGGCGGCAUUCAACCAAUUGAGCGGUAGUACCGCCGUCAUAAACUACGCGCCACGACUGUUGGCGGGUGGUCAAGGUUCGCAGUUCGAUUCCGUCGCGCAUUCGACGUCGUUUGCGAUUUCAAUCACGAUUACGAAAUUAUUAGGGGUUGCCGUAGGCGUAUACUUUGUCGAUUGCCAUUCAGACGACGACGAAAGAGAAGAAGAACGCACAGAAGAACCACCAGAAGGAGAGGAAGAAAACAAGAAAUUCUACGGGGGACGAGUUUCUUUAUUAUUUUACGGCGGCAUCGCCGCAUCGCUCUCGCUGUUUUUCGCGGCGUUUGGCGUCGUCGGCCACGAAUAUCUCGUCUUGAUCGGCUUGUGUUUAUUCACGUUUUUCUUCAGCUGUUCCUGGGCGCCGGUGUUUUGGGUGUUGGUCUCGGAGAGUUUCGAAAACGAACACAAAUCCGCGGCGAUCACCGUCUGCGUCGCGAGCUUAUUCUUUUUCGGCGCCGUCGCGGAUUUCUAUUUCUUACCUUUCAUAGAAUGGAACGAAGGCGUCGCUCUCACUUUCGCCGGCGCUAUUCAGCUUUGGGGCGCGAUCUUCGCCAAACGGAAUUUGAAAGAGACGAGCGGCAAGUCCUUGAAAACGAUAAGCGAAAGUUACGGAUUAAGAAGCACGUGA